AUGGGCAAUGAAAUGGUAAUCGACCAGAAAGUAUUAAACGAUUGCCUAAACGACAUCACUCGCGCUCUUCUCCAAGCCGAUGUUGAAUUUAAACUUGUACGUCACAUGCAAACCAAUAUUAAGCAAGUCAUCAAUCUGGACCAUCUUGCUGCUGGUCACGACAAACGCAAAAUCAUCCACCAAGCAACAUUUGAUGAGCUUUGCCGUAUGUUGGACCCAGGAAAGCCUUCUUUUGUUCCAAAGAAAGGCAAAACAAGUGUUGUCUUGCUUGUUGGUUUACAAGGGUGCGGGGAGACAACUACAUGCACAAAAUACGCGCAUUAUCAUCAGAAAAGGGGAUGGAAACCUGCAUUAGUUUGUGCAGAUACGUUUAGAGCUGGUGCUUUUGAUCAGUUAAAGCAGAAUGCAACUAAAGCCAAGAUUCCAUUUCAUGGAAGAAUCUCCAAAGGUGUGGAAAGAUGCAAGAAGGAAAAUUAUGAUCUUAUAAUUGUCGAUAUGAGUGGAUGGCAUAAGCAGGAGGCUGCACUUUUUGAAGAGAUGCGCCAAGUUUACGAAGCAACGCAACCGGAUCUUGUUAUAUUUGUUAUGGAUAGCAGUAUUGGACAAGCUGCAUUUGAUCAAGCUCAAGCAUUUAAGCAAAUUGUUUCAGUUGGAGCUGUGAUUGUCACCAAAAUGGAUGGUCAUGCAAAGGGUGGUGGUGCUCUUAGUGCCUGA